GUUAGCAAACUAAGGCAGAGUCCACAUUGCUUUUUUGAACAAAUGGAUUGAAUUAUUAUUGAAAGAAAUCCCAAUCGUCACAACAUGAUAGGUACUCGUCUAGCUAGUUUUUCCAUGCAUGUAAGAAGCCGCCAUUGACGAAGACCUUAAAGAACAACUAGCCAACUCUAUAAAACAUAUCAUUUCAUUCAUUUGGUUUUUCCAUAUACCAAAUACAAGUUUUUCAUAGGUGAUCAUAUCUUGAUUUCAACAAUGAGUGACGACAGCAACAAGUAUCAAGAUUCAGAAGGAGUAAAUCCUCCACCACCUACUUCAUGUCCACCAAAGCAGGAGGUGUGUUAUCCAGAAUAUCUUUCUUCUCAACCACCAAUGCAAGGGUACUUUGAAGCCGGUCCUGAUGUGGCACCACCUCUAGUUAGUGACCCUAUGAAAUAUGGUCCUCAACACCUCCAACCGCCACCUCCUCCUCCAGAAAGAACUAAUAAGACGGAUGAUGAAUUUUGCACAGGAUGGUGCUGCUGCCUCUAGGACGCGUGCUUUUAAGGACUAUGAGGGAUUCUCUGCAAAAUUUGCAGCUUAUAAUUGUUUCCCUUGUGUUUCUUGUUGGGAAUCAUAAUUAUUUCCGCUCUUUUUAUGUCACUGUACGGACUACGUAUGCUUUAUCCACACUAUAUUCUCCGUUUAUUUGA